AUGGCCGAAUUCCCAGGAACUCCUCCAUUCCCAACAUCACCUACAGACUCUUGGCCAGAAGAAAUUGACGAAAAUUGUCAUUAUCCUAUGGGGUCUAUUCCUCAGGGCCUUUGCCUGCUUAUCAAUAUAGCUCAUUUUAAAAGGCAUGAGGACAGGCCUGGAAGUAGCAUAGAUGCUGCUAGCAUUAAGGAUGUGUUUGAAAAUGUUCUCAACUUUAAAGUGACCAUGAUUGCAGAUCCAACUCUGCAGGAACUACACCAAGAACUGAUCAAAUUUUAUAAGAUUGACCAUUCGGCGUAUGAUGCAUUCUUUGUUGUUAUACUUAGUCAUGGUGAUUCUGGGAAUGUGAUCUAUACUUCUGAUAGUCAAUCAAUUAAAAUAAGUGAGAUCUCAGAUUAUUUCACAUCAAGAAUGUGCCCCACACUUGCCAACAAGCCUAAGGUUUUCAUUGUUCAAGCCUGCCGGGGUUCUAAGCAUAAUAAAACUGUCUCUACUGAUACUAAGUCAGGCGGUAGUGACCAGAUUGACUCCAGUACUCCUGAUAAAGUUGACUUUUUUUAUGCUUUUGCCACAAUCGAUGAAUACGAAGCUCUAAGACAUUUUAUUAACGGUAGCUGGUUUAUCAACGAAUUAGUUACUGUCAUCAGACGCUUUGCAAUAAAGUUCAAAAAAGUGAAUCUGGAAGAGCUGAUGAAGAAAGUCAAUCAAAGCUUAUCAAAAAAAAAAUACGAGGAUAGAAUGCAAGCUUGCGAAGUGACAUCUUCAAUCAGAAAGGAUAUUAUUCUCUCUGUCAAUUUCUCUUUUGCUUCACGAACUCAUUCAGAAACAAGUUCCAUGAUUUCAAGUGCCAGCUCAAGCGAAAUAAUGUUUAAUCAAAAGACUUUGCCCAAACGUGUAUCUUCUAGCCCCAGAAAUGCCAUGCACACUGAACUAGUUGCUACCUCAAUGUCUUCAACACCGAAUCAUUUUUACACAAGGUCAAGAGAGAGGCGGAGUUACUCACAUGGCUCUAAUAUCAGCUUACCGAUGGCAACUCCUUCAGCAACGAGUGAGCUAGUUGCAUCUACAUCUUUCAUUAGUUUAAGACACCAGUACAGUGAGAGCUCAUCUUAUUCUAUGUCAAGAUUUUCUUUUUCUUCCAGUCUGGCAUCGGAAUCAGAAAUCAAUCUUCAUUUUUUAUCAGGGUCCUUUAGUUAUAAAAAGCCAGGAUACUGUAUAGUCAUCAACAACAACCUCUCACAAUAUGGCCAUGGGAAAAUGGAAACAAUAAGAAAAGUAUUUUCAUAUCAGCUUGGAUUUCACGUACAAAUAUACAGUUCUCUAACUCGUAAAGGAAUUAAGCGCCUUCUGAAGACAGUAGCCACAAUUGAUCACUCUGACAUUCACUGUCUCAUUAUCGUUAUGUUAGGUAUAGGAAAAUCCAAAAAACUUGAGAUAUCUGAUAUAGUUACUCCUUUUAAAAGUGAUAAUAAUACCCCAAAAGUGUUUUUCUUCGAAACUAAUUUAAACGACAAAGGUUAUGCUUUCUUUUAUAAUGAACUUAUCUCACUAGAUAUACCUCACUCUUUCAUUUCUAUCAUCAACGAUAAAGUACAGAUGGAAGAAACCGUUCUACAGUACCUCUUGCAAACGAUAAAGAAUUCUAUAGUGGAUGUUGAUUUUCAAAGUAUAAUGAAAAGUUCACAGAAAGCUUUUAGUGUGCUUCAAAGUGAACAUAAUAUCAGGUUCAUUGAUAAUCUAAAAAACAGCCUCAUUCUGAAGCUAUUAAAAAGUGAAGCAAGGGAAAGAGAUGAAAAACAAGAGUCAGGACUUGUUGAUAGCAAUCAGAAACAGGUUGAAUUGAUUCUAGCUUUUAGACUUCUAGCUGUGAUAAGAGAAGAUACCAUUAGGCUGCUAAAAAUCAGCAGGGGAAAUAUAAUGCAGGUAUGCAAAUCCUUACACAUUUCAGAAGGAAUGCCACCUUCAUGGAAACAAGCUGGGACAGCUCUGGCAUUGCGGACAACACUAAGACUACCUGUUAUUCCUAGCGCUCGGGGAAAAUCACUUGCUGUUUCUGUAACAGACAGGCUUAUUUCAAUGGCUAAACUUAAGAAAGUGAAAGCUGCUAUUGAAGUGGAUAGACAAUUAAUGGAACAUGUUAAUGUACUAAUGGUGGAAUGUCAGUUGGUAACACCAAAUGAUGUCUUGAUCAUACCGCCAGAGUUAUUUGAGCUGAUAUCAAAUUGCAUCAAAUUUUAUAAGAUAUCAGAGGCCAAAGCAAUGCAGCAGCUUGAUGAGUACAUAGAAUCAUUACAUGAACAAUAUGCCAAAGUAAUAGACAAAGUUCAGGGGAUACACUAG